AUGGAUUCGUCACGACGAGAAGUGGCGUAUGGUGCCACAAUUAUUGUAUCCUUCAUAGUUACCCUAACUACUUUAUCAUCAUUUUGUAUAUCAAUUCAUCCAUUGAACACAAUACUUCAACCAUCGUUAAGACGAAAUGUUAUCGAUGCCAAAUAUUGUCAGGUAGGCUUUAUUUUGUUCUACAACAUCUAGGAUCGGAUCUGAAUUGAAACUUCCAGGAAAGUGCUUAUGAGAUGAAAGAAACAUUAGUGGAUAUAGCUCAAUCAACAUAUGUUAAUAUCACAAGAGAGAAGAGAGAUGAGAUUGAUGACUUUUUGAGAUCGACUGGGCAGAUUGCCAGAGAACGAGAUUGCGAGUAGGUUUGGGAAAGGGGCCGGGAAAACUAAUCGGACACAUUUUACGAGCGAGAUGGAAUAUUCGAGAAAGGGUUGAACCUAGAUUUGUUACGAGACUAAGCUCGGGUUGUGAAGAAUACAGAAAUUAGGGAAUACUGUGCUUCCUGGCACUUGGGAUUUUAUUUCUGAUUUUGCUAAUGUGAAACUAGGUCUCGGGAAACCUCCUUGUCAAACCUCCUGUCAACAACUCAACUUUCCAGAUGUCGCUUCCCUGCUGGACCUCCAGGUUUGCCAGGUCGUGACGGACUUUCAGGCCCCAAAGGAGCUGAAGGAACUCCGGGACUUCCUGCUCGCCUCCCUUGUGAACCACAAAAGAAGAUCAAAGAUAUCUGCAUCGACCCAUGUCCACGUGGAACUCAGGGCAUCCCCGGUAUCCCCGGAAUCAAGGGUGACACUGGAAAACCAGGAACACCGGGUAGAAACGGAAUCCGUGGGGAGAACGGAAAGAUGGGACCGGUUGGCCUUCAAGGACCACCAGGUAUUCCCGGUUUGGACGGAGAGAUGGGCGAUGCGGGAGCAGAUGCCACGCCGAAACCAUUCAUCCCGGGACCAGCUGGAGAGAUCGGAGAGGAGGGAGAGAUGGGACCACCUGGUCCACCGGGAAUGCCUGGAAUCGAUGGGCCGAUCGGAGCGCAAGGACCACGAGGAAAGAAAGGAAAGCCCGGAUUCCCUGGUUCAGAUGGUGCUGCUGGAGCGGAAGGUCUUAUUGGAGAACGAGGAGAUGAAGGCAACCGAGGGGUUAGUUUUAAUUUUGUUAUGAAAUUUGGAACCUUUCUUUCAGGUCUGCCCAACAUACUGUGCAACCGAUGGCGGUGUUUUCUUCGUUCAACCACCAGACUGGAUGCUCAAUUAA